AUGAACUGCCCACACGUGCCCGCCACACCCCAACAUACCCCGCCCCCAAGCACCUCCGACACACCCCUGACCCCGCCUCCACAUGAGUGGCUGCCGAUAGAUCGGCGCGAUUCUACCCGAGUCCUCGCACUGACGAUAAUACUUUGUCAGUUUCCAGUAUCAUUUCACGACUUACCCCUCGUUAGCGUUUGGAUUUCCGGAAGAAUAGAGCUGAAGUGUCGAGCCGCUCAGUAUUUUAAGCCCAUCUCGCGCCCAGAACGGGAAGACUUCGUGGUGGCGGUGGCGAAAAGCUUUGGGCAUGCCGCAGAGCGGGGGACUCAACAACUGAAAGCCAGGACGCAGGCGCGGGGAGGGUGGUCCAUACUAUCUGAGCUUGGCUCUGGAGACACAAUUAUCCUAGGAGCAUGCACUCAUCUUGGCCAAGUGUAUGCCGACAGAGAUGUGUGGAAACCGGAACCGUGCCAAAUCUGCGUGUGUGACUCAGGAGCUGUCCUUUGCGAUGACAUCAUCUGCGACGAUCAGGAGUUAGAUUGUCUAAACCCCGAGAUUCCGUUUGGAGAAUGUUGUCCAAUUUGUCCACAGUCAACAUCGGCACCUCCCGUCACCGGCCCUGUGAUUCCAAAUGGUCCCCAAGGCCCCAGAGGAGACCCUGGUCCACCUGGUACUCCUGGAAGGAAUGGUGACCCUGGUCAACCAGGAAUGCCCGGAUCUCCUGGUGCCCCUGGAAUCUGUCAAAAUUGUCCCAGUAUUGGAGGACCAAAUUAUGCUUCUCAGUAUACGGACACCAAGUCUGGAGAUCCAUUUCCUUACCCAAGUAUGGGUGGAGGAGCCCCUGGCCCUCCUGGGCCCCCCGGUCCCGUGGGUCAGCCCGGAUCACCUGGAUCCCAUGGAUACCAAGGCCCUCCUGGAGAAUCCGGACAACCAGGCAGUCCAGGCCCUCCCGGUCCCCCAGGAUUACUGGGUCCACCUGGCCCCGCUGGAAAAGAUGGCCCAAGAGGUCAACCAGGUGAAAGAGGAAGACCAGGAGGUCCAGGGACUGCUGGUGCUCGUGGCAACGAUGGCUCUCCAGGAGCGGCUGGGACAAUUGGUCCACCUGGCCCACCAGGACCCACAGGAUUUCCAGGAUCUCCAGGUUUUAAGGGCGAAGUUGGCCCUGGGGGUCCCCCUGGAUCUUCUGGUCCACCAGGAACAAGAGGAGAACCUGGACCUCAAGGUCAACCUGGUGGAGCUGGUCCUCCAGGUCCUGCAGGACGCGACGGAAGCCCAGGCGGAAAAGGUCUCCCUGGUCCUUCGGGCAUUCCGGGGUCUCCUGGAUUGCUUGGAGCUCGUGGACCGCCCGGUCCCUCUGGUACUAAUGGACUCCCUGGACAAAGAGGCCCAGCUGGCGAACCUGGUAAGAAUGGUGGUAAAGGAGAGCCAGGGGCAAGAGGCGAACGUGGUGAAAAUGGUACACCUGGAACAGCUGGCCCCCCAGGGGAAGAAGGCAAGGCAGGAGCCCCAGGUCAACCCGGAACAAAUGGCUUGCCAGGAAAUCCAGGAGAGAGGGGCUCUCCAGGUUUCAACGGUGCUGCAGGUAGAAACGGGGCUCCCGGUGAAAAGGGUCCUGCUGGUGAACGAGGUGGCCCCGGCCCCUCGGGACCGAGAGGAGGUCCCGGUGAACCUGGACGUGAUGGAUCUCCAGGGCUUCCAGGGAUGAGAGGCUUAACCGGAAGUCCAGGAAGCCCCGGUUCAGAUGGAAAACCAGGCCCUGCAGGUAAUCCAGGAGAAUCUGGGCGAAGUGGUCCUCCGGGCCCAGCAGGCCCACGCGGUCAACCAGGUGUGAUGGGCUUUCCUGGUCCAAAGGGUAAUGAGGGUGCACCUGGUAAAAAUGGAGAAAGAGGCACACCUGGAGGUCCUGGUGGACCGGGACUCCCUGGAAAGGAUGGUGAAGGCGGAGCCCAAGGUCCUCCCGGACCCGCUGGUCCAUCUGGUGAAAGAGGGGAACCUGGAGCAGUAGGGCCACCUGGUUUCCAGGGACUGCCUGGUACUCCAGGAGCAUCUGGAGAGAGCGGAAAACCUGGAGAAGCGGGUCCCAAAGGAGAAAUUGGAGCACCAGGAGUCCCAGGGGGCAAGGGUGAAAAUGGCGUCCCAGGCGAACGUGGUGGACAAGGUCCCCCAGGUCCUCCAGGAGGUAGAGGUGGAGCAGGGCCUCCAGGUCCAGAAGGUGCAAAGGGUCCCGGUGGUCCCCAAGGACCUCCUGGGCCAUCAGGAUCGCCCGGUUUACAAGGAAUGCCUGGUGAAAGAGGAGGACCCGGAGGUCCUGGAGUCAAGGGAGAAAAGGGAGAGCCUGGCUCCAGAGGCGGUGAUGGCUUGCCUGGUAAAGAUGGUGCGAGGGGUUCCGUAGGGUCCAUUGGGCCCCCUGGGCCAGCAGGACAACCUGGUGAUAAGGGAGAGUCCGGUUCAGCAGGGCCUCCUGGCCCAGUUGGUCCCCGUGGUGGUCCAGGGGACAGAGGAGAGCAUGGCCCCCCUGGUCCUGCUGGCUUCCCUGGAGCUCCUGGACAAAACGGGGAGCCUGGUGGUAAAGGAGAGAAAGGCCCUGCUGGUGAACGAGGUGAGCCAGGAUCCCCUGGGCCCGCAGGUCCACUCGGAGGACCUGGAGGACCGGGUCCCGCUGGUCCACAAGGAACCAAAGGAGAGCGUGGCUCUCAGGGUCUUCCAGGUCAGGCUGGCUUCCCCGGGACCCGAGGCUUACCUGGUCCCCCUGGCAACAAUGGCAACCCCGGUCCACCAGGCCUUGCAGGUCCUUCAGGCAAAGAUGGGCCCCCUGGUCCAUCUGGGUCCACUGGCCCUGCUGGAGGCCCAGGCAGUGCCGGUCCAAAAGGGGAGCCUGGCACACCCGGUGAAAGAGGCCCGGCAGGAGCACGAGGAGAACCGGGUUCAUCAGGUCCUUCAGGAAUUAUAGGCAUACCUGGGCAACGUGGUAUUGCAGGAUUGCCAGGACAGAGAGGACCCCCAGGGCCUUCCGGUCCAGCUGGUAUCAAGGGUGAAGAUGGAAAAUCAGGAGUGAAUGGCAGCCCAGGAGAACGAGGCGCUCCAGGUCCUCAGGGUGCCCCUGGACUUAGUGGAACACCUGGAGAAUCAGGCCGAGAUGGCAAUCCCGGACAAGAUGGCGUGCCGGGUCGUGAUGGAUCCUCGGGACCAAAGGGUGAUCGAGGUGAAAAUGGCUCUCCUGGUCCCCCAGGGCUUCCUGGACAUGCUGGUCCCCCAGGGCAUGCUGGUACACCUGGAAAAUCAGGUGACAGAGGAAGUCCAGGUCCUGCUGGUCCAGUUGGCCCCUCCGGCCCUGCUGGUAUUCGUGGUGCUCCUGGCCCCGCUGGAGCACGAGGUGAUAAAGGUGAAGCUGGAGAACGUGGCCUCAACGGAAUCAAGGGUCAUCGAGGAUUCCCUGGUAAUCCAGGGCCUCCUGGUUCAAUUGGUGCAUUGGGACCCCCAGGUUCCAAUGGAAGUCCAGGACCUGCCGGAGCAAGAGGACCCCCUGGACCUAAUGGCCCUCCCGGAAAGGAUGGUACAAGCGGCUACCCUGGCCCCAUUGGUCCCCCUGGUCCCCGUGGAACCCGAGGUGAAGCUGGAACGGCGGGCCCCCCUGGUCAUUCUGGAGCACCUGGUCCCCCCGGUCUCCCCGGAGCUCCUGGACCAUGUUGUGGUGGCGGGGGUGGUGAUGGACAAACAUGGGAGAAAGGACAGACCUUCUACAGAGAUGAGGCAUCUGAUGACAAAGCCACCAUGAACGAUGUUUUAUCCUCGCUGAAGUCGAUCAACAAUCAGGUUGAAAACAUCAUUAGCCCCGAUGGCUCACGGAAGAAUCCAGCCCGUAACUGCAGAGACCUGAAGUUCUGCCAUCCUGAACUGAACAGUGGAGAAUAUUGGGUCGAUCCAAACCAAGGUUGUAAAUUGGAUGCUAUUAAAGUGUAUUGCAAUAUGGACACUGGUGAGACCUGCAUCAAUGCCAAUCCCGGCCGUAUUCCACAGAAGAACUGGUGGACAAGCCCGGGACCAGAAAAGAAGCAUGUUUGGUUUGGAGAGUCCAUGAAUGGUGGCUUCCAGUUCAACUAUGGUGACCCCGAUCUCCCAGAAGAAGUUGCAGAUGUCCAGCUGGCGUUCCUGAGAAUCCUUUCCAGUCGAGCCUCACAGAACAUCACCUACCACUGCAAGAACAGCAUUGCUUACAUGGAUGCGGCCAGCAUGAACGUGAAAAGGGCCCUGAAGUUCAUGAGCUCUACUGAAAGUGAAAUCAAGGCAGAAGGAAACAGCAAAUUCACAUACACUGUGCUGGAAGAUGGUUGCACUAAACAUACUGGUGAAUGGGGCAGAACAGUUUUUGAGUACCGAACACGCAAGACAAUGAGAUUGCCCGUGGUAGAUAUUGCACCCUUCGAUAUUGGCGCUCCCAAUCAGGAAUUCGGUGUGGACAUUGGCCCAGUUUGCUUCUUAUAAGCCAAGAAUAAUGCUCAUUGUGAACCCCAGCAAACCAAUUCACGCUCCAUUUUUGCUCUUCUCGUUUUAACCGUGUCAACUAGUAGAACCAAAUCAACUGUAUCCCAGUUAUUUAUUUACCAAAAUUCUGGAGGAGAGGUGAAAAAGAUAAAUUGACAAAAAGGGUUAACAUUUUCCUACUUUGCUCCCACACAAAGUACAGCCAAAAAAAAAAGAGAAGUCAUUUGCUCUAUUUUCUUUCGCCCGAAUUCCACCUUCAUACAUACAAACAAAACUUCAUGGUGCUACGUUACAACUUCAACACUCAGUACAACACUAGCUGUGUCAUGUCAUAGGAUGGCUUACCCACCAAUCAAGCACUGACGGAUUCUAGCAUCCAUGUUUACCUUGCGCUAUCAGAUGCAGUUCGUAAAGCUGGAGAGGAUUCCCUGUUUCAACUACCUCAACAUGGACAGAAACUGGGAUGAGUUUGAAGAUCCACACCAAGAAAGCCCAAGAAAAGCAAGCUGGAACCAAUGAAUACAUCCGGCUAUUUCUGUACCGAUUAGGGUCAAAAGAGCAGAGGGCAUCAGAAGAAGCGAAUGCCGUGGUGUCAACAGACUAAUAUAAUUUUAUUUCUGGACUGCAUUGAAUUUUUAAGGGUGCUCCUAUACUUUCCUGUCAUUGCUGGUCAAGACCACUAAAAUUUCGGGAAAUGUAAAAAGAUUUAAAUGUGAUGGUGCUAGCUGUGUGAUUUUCUUUUUUUCCAUUUUUAAAUCUGGAAGCCAGGUUUCUUGGCUCGCGUUUAAAACAUGGAGGAUGGACAACGAUUGUACAUGUCUCUUGUCAAAAGUCUUACAAUGGGUGGGCCAUCUCUGAGGACUUUUCUUCCUUCACUCUGUAAAAGUCAAUAAAGAUGCAGAAUCAUGCGCUUCUUUCUGUCACAUUAACACAUUUUAUAGCGUUGGUGGUGAACCAUCUUUGUAAGCUUUUAUAUGGUUGUUGGUCUUUCCCUUACAGAGACAGACACAUAAUAAAAUAUGGUAAUAAAA